AGCAAAUAAAAUCACAUUGGCGCCACAUUUUAUGCCUCUUUAGUUCUUUUGGGAUUUGAAGAACAUCAUGUUUACAGUUAGUCCAACUAUAAACUCGUCUGUGAGUGAGUGGGUCAGUGAACCUGUUGUAAAUAACUACGCGCUUCGUCUGGUUCGGUUUGUGUCUCCGCGGCUGCCGUAGAGAGAAGGCGGAAACAGCCGACAUGGUGCUGGAGAAGAAAGCUUCGGCUCGGGUGGAGGCCGGUCAGCGCAGAGUCCUGGAUGAAGCCACCAGACAGAGGAGACUGAGCAGACAGCUGGAGGCUCUGGAGAAAGACAACUUCCAGGACGACCCUCUGUCCUCCCUCCCUCCCCCGGGUCCCGCUGCCCGCCUCCCUGCCUUCAGUGAGACAGAGGAACCAGAGAAGAAGAAGAGGAAGACGAGGGGCGAUCACUUCAAACAACGUUUCAGGAAGAACUUCACCACCCUGCUGGAGGAGGAGAACCUGUCGGAGAAGCCCGAGCCUAACUACCUGUCGGCGGCGGCCCCUCCCUCCUCGCUGCCCCCCCGUCACUUCUGCUGCGUCUGCGGUUUCCCCUCUCACUACACCUGCACCACCUGCGGGGGGCGCUACUGCUGCAGCAGGUGUCUGAGCACGCACCGAGAGACCAGGUGUUUGAAGUGGACGCUGUAACUCCCGCCCCGUCACCACGGCGAUGGAGGAGACGGGUCGUGUGAGACGAUGGAGCUGCGGCUCGAACAAACAUAUGUUUUACCCGACAACAGCAGCUGCUCUCUGUCAGCCAAUCAGGACGAGAGCUGCAGCCGUCAGUGGCCUGACAGAAGGUUUGUUGAUGAAUCGUUUCCGUCACAUUUCAGGUGAACGACUGAAGCGUUCUCUGGUUCCACAUCCUCACAUUUCAGGAUCUAAGGUUUUUCUGCGUCACGUGACAGAAAAGUGAAUUUUUGGACUGAUGGUCGAACAAAACAAAUCGCUGAAGACGUCACCGAUCAACAAUCAAUAAACAGAUGAAGCAACGAUGACAUCAUCAGUAGUUGAAGCUGGAAUCGGGACAAAGACGGCGAGAGUUGUUUGAACCAAUCAGCUGUCUGCUGGGAGCAGGAUCAAUACUAUUGAUUAAUGGGAUCCUCUGACUUCUCCUGCAGAGCCACCUGCAGGUCACAUGGGUCCAUGGCUCCUGGUCGUGUCAUGUGACCCCUCAGCAGUUACACGUCACCAUGAGCCGCUUUAGGACGAGUGUCAGAUUCCUGUAGCUGCUGCUGCUUCUGUAAAUAAUGAAUAUGGUGGUUUAAUUCUGUCAUUAAAAACACUUUGAUAUUUAAAUCUCAUCCUGUGUCGCCUGGUUAUUCUCAUGCUGACUUUUCUAUUCUUUGUUUUUUUUAAUAUCAUUGACAAAUAGAAUUUAAUAUUUAUCAUUGUAAGUCCUAGAAAUGUGAUAUUGUCUAGAUAGAUGCAAUAAUAUAGUCAUAGAAAAUAAAUGUCCAGCUGAUUGACAGGUUUGGACAGAUGUUUUAAAAGCAGCAUGAAGCAGGUGAGAGGCUUCAACAAUGAUCAUGAAUGUUUAACGUCUAAUCGUAUGAAAUGUGACUGUAAUGAUUUAAUGUGAUAAUGUGAUUUAUUGCAGAAGUGUUUGUGACACAACAAUAACUUUCUGCUGCUCGUCAAUAUCAAAAUAAAUGAAGAGAAUUAAAGUGAAUAAAAAUGA